AUGCCAAACUUGUGGCACUACCGACGUGCAGAAACCGCUGUUCCGGUGCUCCAGGUGCCAAUAUACCUUUUAUUGUUCGAAAAAGUGCCAAAAGGCUCACUGGAGGCUCCACAAUACACCGACAUUGUCAACUCGCGCGCAAAGGUCGAGAAACUGAUGCAGCAAGGCUCGCCGCUCGCGCAGAAGGAGGCCGACUGGGUCUCGUGGCGCUCGCUAUCGAGCGCCAAUAAUACGCGUGCGCCGCGAUCCGUCGCGCGGGCGUACCGGUUCACGGUCACACAUACCGACGUCUUCAAGCUCGACGAUUGCUGGGACGCCAUCGAGGAGGUCAUGGGCCUUCACAAGGGCGAGGGCAUGGAGAUGGUGCAGGACAUCCUCGACGACCUCGUCUCGGCUGGUAGCCCCAGCGGGCAAAAAUACAUCCCGCUGCCGGGCUUAACAUACGGGUACGGCAUUGUACCGUAUCUGGGAAGCACCCUAGGUGGAAUUACCCAGGGAUUGUUGCGCAUCCAGCCGUAUAAUCGCGACUGGCGCAAAACUAUGAACAAAAAGGGUGUUUCGCCGCCUGAAGCCAUCCCAAAGCUCAAGAAUGCGGCUGACGUCGAACAUCAAUUCGAUUAG